AUGAGCGGUUUAGAAUUAGCCGGCCUUCUCUUUGGUGUUGUACCCGUUUUCCUUCAAACCCUGCAAAGCUACCGCAAUAUCCACGAUAUUCUACACACUUUUCAGCAUUAUGCACUUGAGACGAAAAAUAUUGGAGAUAGGUUGAAGAUAGAGUAUCAACUCUUCAAAAAUGAGUGUACUAUAUUGCAGGGUAUUAAAGACGGUCUCAAAGGGAUGUCGGCCAGCAAUGACGAUAUCGCACAGGGCAACUCUCCUCAAGAAGCUGAUUUAAACCAACGUCUUGAGGAGAGCUGUGAGAUAUACAAAGACAUUGUCAAUAAUAUAAAAUUGAAACUUGAGGAGAUGAAGGAAGAUUUGAAGCCUUUCACUGUUUCGAAAAGCGAGAAGAGACAACAUGAGAAACUGAGAGCGAGUAUUUACCGGGUGAAAAAUUCCAUCAAAGUUGUCUUCGAUAAAGAGCGCUACGAGAGACACCUGAAAGAGCUACACAAGAGCAACAGGAAUCUAAACAUGCUCUCCGAGCAAAUGAAAGAGAUUUUGGAUAAUUUAAGGCAAUGUCGAAAGCCCGUGUCAAAACUAUCAAGUGCAGUGACUAUCCACUCAGGAAUUACAACCAAUCCAAAGGAAAUUACCAAUUACAUUCCCACGCCAGUCGUGAAAAACGUUAACGACUUCCCUGGGCGACCCUCGGCAGUCAACACUUGCCAUCAAGCCUGCUCAUGUAACUGCCACAAAAGACAUCUUGUCAAAUCUCCAUCUUUCACGAGACCUGUCAUGGGUACCUUUUUUCUUCGAUACCAGGGGACUCCCUUUUUCCGAUCGAGUUGCGAUGAGACAACUUGCAGGAAGACUAAUUCAGGAUCCGUUGAAGCCAUCUACUGCUUUCCUGGUUGGAUGAUCGAUAUCACUUUAAUUCUUUCCGGAAGUCCAUCGUAUGGCCUGAAUUUCCCCCGGCGACUAGGAUGGGGUAGUAGCGAAACGAUUCUCAAGUGUGCAUAUGAGGGCAAUGUUGAAGGUCUGAAGGUGUUACUGAGUGGUUCUUCCUAUGCUCUGCAUGAUAUAGACGAGAAGCAUGGAAGAAGUGCUUUGCAUUAUGCGGUUAUGCGUAAUCACAUUGAGGCUUGCGAGUUCCUUUGUAGUGCCUCUGCCAAUGCCCAUGCUAUGGAUUAUACAGGCAUUACCCCAACAAUCAAAGCUUGGGAGCAUAUCUUGACACAACGAGGAACCCCCGCCCAGCUUGGACACCUCAAAUGUCUAUUUUGGAAUAUCGACUUAUGCGAUGACAUGGGAUUCUCACACAUUCACCUACUAGUGGUAGAAAGGAUAUCAGGCGAUCUUGCCGAGCACUUGCACAACAGACCACAUCGGGAUGAGAUCAAUACCCCGGAUUUUACGGGGAAAACACCAUUACAUUGGGCGGCAAUCCGGGGCGACUUUCAAAAAAUCCAGAUCCUUCUCCAAUACAGGGCCAAUGUAACAGAUGUUGACGGAUCAGGCUCAACACCACUGAUGUUUGCAGCAUCUUCUGGCUGCUUGAAAUCUUUGGAAUUCCUGCUAGAUGCUGGCAGCAAUGUUCACACGAAAAACUCCUACGGCUCUGAUGCUCUUUAUCAUGCUUGCAGACACCAAAGUGAUCCUGCGCCAGUAAUUCGACUUUUGCACUCAGGUGCCUGUUUGGACUCGCAAAACAAAAAUGGGCACACCGCUUUGAUUGGAGCAGCGAUCAGAAAUAAUACCAAAAUCGGGAAAUAUCUCCUGCGCCAGGGCGCUGCCAUUGAUAUUAGCGGUGCAGGUGGUGAAUCUGCGCUAUUUGAGGCUAUUUUUCAUAACAGCCAUCGAUUCCUUCGAUUGCUUUUUCAGUGGUCUGCUGAUUACACGAUUACCAACAACUCUGGCUCAACUAUCCUUCAUUCUGCAGCCCUAGAAGGUGACAGUGAAACCUUGACUAUUCUGCUCCACACAGACUUGGGGGAGUUGAAUAUUUCGCGUCGUAAUAAUGAUUACCUCACAGCUGCCGAAAUGGUUCAGCGGCGGUCAAUUGUUUCUAAGGAGACUGAGUUGCGAUUUUCUGAAUUAUCAUUAUCAGUGGCAAGACAAAACCAAAUCAAUGCUUCGACAUCUAGGCCACCAUGUUGA